ACGGAGCUGUCAAUCGGAAAUGCGGGCAGCUGGCCGAGGAUGUACCGUGCCGCCACGCUCGGAUGAAAUAAACAAAAGAAGUUGUUUGUUUUGCUUUUUAGGGAUGUGGGGAAAAAAAGAACCGUUGAGCCGGUUCCCCCAGUGAAAUGGUCGACGAGUUAGCGCGGGUUUGCGAGCUACGCUUCCACAGGCGGAGAAGCUAAUAACUAGCUGCUAGGCUAGCUGCCUGCCACCACCCGCAGGGGCGCUGAGCAUCUACAUCUUUGCCGCCGCUCCUGUCUGUCGCUUUCCCCGCGGCUUCCUAUCCUCCCCGUCGAGGUGCUUAGCUAAGGAUCCGUCGCUGUGGCGGGCCAACGCGCUUCCAGGACACCCCUGGACACCCGGGUGGACGCGUCGCAGUGACAACGCCGGGCGUGGCCCAUGUUACAGGACACCUCUUGUCACAACAUGGCUGAACUUUCCGCCUUGUCCUCAUCGCCUCCGGCCACCUUGCCCGACACACCCACAGCUCCCUCUGGCCUUUCGCCCUCAUCCGUGGCACCUAAAUCGUCCCUCUGCAAUGACGUCAAUUUAACUGGAGACUCACCCGCUUCGCCCUUGACGUCUCCUAAGCCGAGUCUAUCGACGAUCCCUGCCGAGACCCCUUUGUGCAAUGAUCGGACAGCGGCCCCUCAGAAAGAGGAAGCAGUGGGGCCUGUUGCUCACGUGGAAGUAAAUAUACCUCAACAGGCUUCCCCUUCGCUCGAUCUCUCCCCAGGUCCUAUCCUGUACCCCAACGUGCACGUCACCCCAAAUCCUCCUCCCACAGCGGCUGAUAUCCCUGCGAUGCCCUCUGUAAUGCCUCCUGUACCCCCUGUGGAGAACAAACCUCAGCAAACUCCCAAAAGUCCCCCACCACCUGUGUCUCCCAAGCCUCAAAGUCCCAUCAAAGCACAACCACCACCUUGCACCCCACCUCCCCAGUCGGGGGUUCCCAGCCCCACGGUGCCACUUAUCCAGGAACCUGUCUCCAACCUCACCCCGCCUCCACUGACUGGACAAAGCAGCCCCACAGUGUCAAACCCCAGCCCCACGGUGCCGAUCAUCCAAGAGCCCAGCCUCCCCCCACCGGGCACUCAGCGGCCAGCCCCUGACACUCUCAGCUACCUGGAGUCUGCCAGCCUGAUGUCGGGGACGUUAGAGUCGCUGUCAGGCCUCGGGGACGACGGUAGUUCGUUGGGCUCAGACUCCGAGAUCAACGGCUUGGCAGUGAGGCGCACCGACAAAUAUGGGUUCCUGGGCGGCAACCAAUUCAGCGAGGGGAGUGACAGAGAAGUUGGAGUGGAGGUGUCCCGGCAGAGGGAGGUGAAAUGGCUGGAAAUGUUCAACCACUGGGACAAAUGGAUCAAACAUCGCUUCCAGAAGGUAAAGAUGCGCUGCCGGAAAGGCAUCCCGUCGUCACUCCGCUCCAAAGCCUGGCAGCUGCUGUCCAACAGCCAGGAAUUGCUCGACACCAACCCUGGCAAGUUUGAGGAGCUGGAGAGAGAACCGGGAGAGGCCAAGUGGUUGGACAUCAUCGAGAAGGAUCUCCACAGGCAGUUUCCCUUCCAUGAGAUGUUUGCUGCACGUGGCGGCCACGGGCAACAGGAUCUGUACCGUAUAUUGAAGGCCUACACCAUCUAUCGGCCGGAUGAAGGCUACUGCCAAGCACAGGCUCCUGUGGCUGCUGUGCUCCUAAUGCACAUGCCCGCUGAGCAAGCCUUCUGGUGCCUGGUGCAGAUAUGUGAGAAGUACCUUCCGGGCUACUACAGCGCCGGCUUAGAAGCCAUCCAGCUGGACGGUGAGAUAUUUUUCUCGCUUCUGCGCCGCACAUGUCCCAUGGCCUACAGACACCUGAAGAAGUUCAAGAUCGAUCCCAUUCUCUACAUGACCGAGUGGUUCAUGUGCAUCUUCUCACGCACGCUGCCCUGGGCCUGUGUGCUGCGCGUGUGGGACAUGUUCUUCUGCGAAGGGGUAAAGAUCGUGUUCCGCGUGGGACUGGUCCUGCUCAAGCAGAUGCUGGGCUCGGUGGACAAACUGCGGGAGGUGCAGGGCAUGUAUGAGACAAUGGAGCGGCUGCGGGGCAUCUCACCAGAAACCAUCAGGGAGGACAACCUGGUCCAGGAGGUAAUCCUUCUCCAGGUGACUGAAGCUCUCAUUGAACGUGAAUGCACCAUUCAAAUGAGGAAAUGGCGCGAGUCCCGAGGGGAGCUGACUCACCAAUCAGGCCGCCGCCUGCACGGUACCCGAGCCAUUUACGAGCAAAAACGCCGCGCCACCGCCAUCAGCUCAGGCGGCAGCUUCUCCUUCCUGGCCAGUUCCGUCCCCCCGCCGGGACCACUGAGAGCUUCGUCCUCUCUCCUCUCGCUCCCGGGCUUUCGCAAGUCCAGGACGCCGUUUCACUCACAGGCAAAGAAAGGCUCCUUCUCGGGGCCCUCCUUUUCCGAAGGCACUCGGCCUCAGUCGCCCCCUGGCGCCGCUGGCCAAAAGCCGCCUAUACCUCCCGGGGUGGCACAGAGAGCACCGCAAGUCCAGAGUCCCCUCGUGGGGGCCGGACCACGAGGCUGUCAAAACGCGCCGACCCCCAAUACUUUAUCUCCCUCCCCUAGGAUCGUCUCCGAGCAGAUUACACCCGCCAUCCCCUCACCUACCGCCAACAACGCCCCCCUGAUGCCUGGCGCCGACGUCAACAAAAAGGGGGUGUCCGAGUCCCCGCCGGCCACACCGCCGCCCGUCGUAGAGGAGGACGGCCGCAGGAAGAAAAAGAGCAAGGAGGACAAGAAGAAGGAGCGCGAGGACGAGAAGAAGAGGUUGAAGGAGAAAAAGGAAAAGGACAAGGCAGAGAAAGAGAGACUUAAAAAGGAGAAAGAGCGUCUGGAGAAGGAAAAGAAGAAGGCGGGAAAGAAGAAAGACAAAGUGGCUGUUUCACUGGGGCCGGACCAUGACAAAAAUGGGGCAGCAGCCGCGGCCAGAGAUUCCACUUCGUUGGAGCACGAAAUGAAAAAGGAAGCCCAGUAAGAAAUAACAGUAUUGUUUCUCCUGAGAGACUGCAUUUCAGAUUAAAACUCGCCAAUCUAAUAGCAUAACUGCACAAGUCUUUUUUUUAAUUUUUUUUUUAACAUUUUCAGAACACGAAAAUAAACACAUCCAACAAAGUUGAAGUACUCAACAUUGGUGGUUUACUAGCGACCCGGAUUACUACAAUACACUGUUUUCCGCAAGCACAUCAAUCUUUUUUUAUCACUACAGGGACUAAGUUGAAAAAGACUUAAGUAAUUAUGCUAUUAAAAAAAGAAAUUGGACUUCCGGAUGGGGUGGCGUCCCAUCUUUUUAAACAAACGAGGAUUCGAUCUCACAUUCACAAUGUGGCGCUACUUCUUUUUUUUCUUUAAUCAUGCCCACAUUAUUUUAAACAUGAACCACAGAAGAUGUAAAGAGUAACAAAAAUCUAAGCCCCGCCUCCAAAGACGCUUGAUUGGGUGGUGAUCAUCGCGCCGACUCACCACCAGGAAAACUUUGGAGUCGUGCCCGAGCUAUUUAUUGGAUGUUGUGGAGCGUGCCUUAAGUAGCGUAGCGUUACUGCAGCGAGCGCCCCCACCUCGCCCCCUGCUGGCGAGAGAGAAUACUCCAACUAUGUGGUGGUGCUUUUUGCGUGUUUUUAGUUAACAAAAACAAGUGAGUGGGAUUUUUUUUUUUUUUUUUUUUUUUUAAUGAAAUCUAAUAUUUUUUUUGUUUGGGCUGCAAAUCUUACACCUGAAGUAGACAUUUAAUCAGUACAUAAAUCAUUGAAUGAGCAGUGUUGGAUGUGCACCAAAGAGGAUUAGGGACACACGGAGUAGAAAAUUAAUGCUCUGUGAGUAUAAACUCUUAAUUUCUUAUGAUUUAUAUCGCGAUAGCAAUGAUUUGAUGAGAAAUUAAUGACUUUUCGUUGCGAUUUUCAGCUUGUUAUUGGGGCUACCUGUGGCUGAGAAUCUGUGAUGAACUAUUGUCAAAUGAUUUUUUUCCUUGAGACAUACUUAAAUCAUUACUUCAUUUUCCCGCUAUAAAUAUGCAACUUUGGUCUCAUAAGAGUUUGUUUUCCUCAACAUAGGUUUAUUCUGGUGCUGUUUUUUUAUUUUAUUUUUUUCCCCCUUCGAGAAAAACAAUCUCAAUUCUGACAGCGAUUUUUCCCCCCCGGACAUUAGAAAAAAAAAAGUUCGUCAAACAAAAAAUACUUUUUUUGGGGGGGGGAUAAAUGGCUUUAUUCUUGUAAUGUUAUUUUCUCCCCCUCUAACAAUGUGAUAUUAGCUAUAUAAAGUGACUUCUCAAGAUUUCUCUAAAAUGUCUACCUAAAAUUACUUUAUUCUCAUAACAUGACUAUUUUUUGGUUCAGUGUGUCCCUCAUCCUCCUUUGUAGAAAUUAGACCAUUGAGUAUUAUUUUUUAAAAAACAAAACAAAUAUCUAUUUAAUUUAUCCAACUAUCGGAAUGUAAUCCGAAGACAAUGAAGGAUGAUCGUUGCACUUCUACUAGUGAAAAACAAAUCAUUUCCUGUCACGCUUGUAAACGGGCAGGAUUCCCACUAUUUUUUUUUUUUUAAAGAACCCACUUGAGCGUGAGGUGCCCGGUGUGCCCAUGUAGCAUUAACCGUUCACCUUUUGAUGUAUUUAUGUACAAAGUGGUUAAUUUAAUCGAAUAUAGAAUAUAAUGAUUAUUAAUAUUAUUGUUAUUAUUUUUCUAUGAGAGUUAUCGGACGCCUGGUUGACUGGAAGGUUGUUUCACGUCGUCAUUAUUCCACACCAUGUUCCGGAAAGCUUUGGGAGUGAAGCGAUUAACUUUCUGCUUCGUGUGAUGUAACUAUGGAUUGUUAAAUUGUUUCCAUGACAACGGCCCAUCAAUGCAGGACAAGCUACACUGACUCCUUCAUCCUCCUCUUGUUGUUAUUGUUGUUGUCGUUGUCUUCGUAGUAAAAGGUUUUCGUGUAUCUGGCCUGUCCUUACAUGCCAACACACUCCCAAACGCGUGUAGAGUUGAUCUGAACGUCUCUAUGCAAAAUAUAACUGGACGCCAAUGUCGCAAUACAGCACUGAUGUUACUUGGUGCAGACUCAAAAGAAGUGCAUUUGUGUUGGGUCCUUUGUGCAUUUCUGGUAUGAAAAACAUGGCUCGUGUUCUACCAAAAUACUUACAAGCUUGUUGUUUGUGGUUUUUUUUUUUUUUUUUUUUUUUUUUUUUUUUAAAUGUGUUUUUGAGUUUACAA